AUGGACACGAAAACGUUGCUUAGCACUCUGUCUCCACAGCUACUGGGGCUAGUCGAGGCUUCAUUGGGGUCCAAAGUACCUUCCUCUACAACCUUUAAGCAAUCCACUCAUUCUGAACCAAAAGCUGUGCGUGGAGCAAUGGAUUCAGAACCCUAUGAUCAAAGUGUACGACUUAAUCCCACGGAUCUAUUCACGCUAAGACAUCCUGAUUCUCCUGGCUUUGUGAUCAAGGAGAAUUUCUUAGGAUACCAAAAUGCUGUGGCAGUGCGAGAUGCUUUAAUGGAAUUGACAAAGAAUGAAAAGUUUUGUGAAGCCAAGGUCGGUACAGGUGAGAAUUCGCGCAAUGAUCAGGCUUUAAGAGGCGAUAAAAUCCAUUGGAUACAGACCCCAAGCGACUUAAAGACACCAACAGAGAGUGUGAGUCCGGCAAUUCUACAGUUGCGCAGACAAGUGGAAGCUCUUGUGUAUGGAUUCAAGAUCGUGUCACCAGAGCUUGAUCUACGCAAUGUGGUCUCAACACAAUUCUCAGUAUUUCCAGGAGAUGGUGCUCGAUUUGUCAAGCACGUGGAUACGUAUAGGAACACACAAAAUGAUGAGCGCAAAGCGAUGUCUAAAGACAGUCUUGUACGUCUCGUAACGUGUGUAUAUUAUUUAAACGAUCACUGGCUGCCUGAAGACGGAGGUUAUCUUCGCUUUCAUCUGAAGACCUCACCUUUAUUAUCAGCUUGUCAUUGGGACGUUCCACCAAAACUUGAUACUCUAGUAUUAUUUCGUAGUCUUGAUGUCGAGCAUGAGGUCUUGCCAACGUAUCGCGAGCGCAAAGCUGUGACAAUUUGGUACUAUGGAAAGCCACUUAAAGCAUCUUCUGGCCCAACAAGUAGUGAGUGCCUAUCCAUACCACGUCCACUACCCAGUAUGAACGGUAAGAAGUUUACUUAUGAAAAGCAACCGUCGAUCUUCGUCGCGAUUCCAAGUUAUCGCGACUCAGAGUGUAAACAUACUAUCGAAAAUUUAUUUGCUCGAGCAACGUUUCCAGAACGAAUUUAUGCUGGUAUCUGUUUGCAAACUGACGAUACUGAUGAGACUUUUGCCUAUCUACAAAGCAAGUAUUCAAAUAACAAACUUCGUAUUCAUUGGAUGGACUAUCGUAGUGCUGCGGGUCCGUGCGUCGCUCGUUCGUAUGCACAAAAAUUGUGGCAAGGUGAAGAGUUUUAUCUUCAAAUUGAUAGCCACAUGCGAUUUCGUCCUGGUUGGGAUUGUUUUCUAAUCAACGAAUUGGAAAAAUGCUCUCUAUCAAAACCAAUCUUGACGACGUACCCACUUGGUUACACGUUACCAAACGAGGUGUCAACUGAGUGUCGCCCUACUCUGCUUUGUGCCUCAUCUUUUGAUAGCCAUGGCAUGUUACGCCAAUCCAGUAAAACGCUGACAAGAGUAUUGACCAAACCGUUGUCUUCUCUGUUUUGGGCUGCAGGUUUUGCUUUUUCUUCUGCUCAAGUAAUCGCGGAAGUGCCAUAUGAUGAAAGCUUGCGAUUUUUAUUUUUUGGAGAAGAAUCGUCAAUGGCUGCUAGGCUGUGGACAUCAGGUUGGAACUUUUUCGCUCCUUCGGAAAGUGUAGUAUACCAUCUUUGGAAUCGUGCAUAUCGUCCAGUGUUUCAAGAAUUGGAAUGCGAUGAGACUAAGCGAUCCCGUGCAUUGUCGCUUCAGCAUGUCAAGCAAUUGCUUCAAAUCGAUGUAACAUCCGAAAGUCAUGAAAAAUCACCUUGUGUGGGUACGUACGGAUUAGGAAGUGAGCGAAGCUUUAAAAGCUAUCAGAAACAUAUUGGAAUCGACUUUUUCGCUCGAAAAAUCGAAUGGCGAGCAGAGUGGGGUAAUCUUGAUCCAAUUCAGUUUGACCUGAAAUCUGACACUGAAAGUGAUGUAGCCACACGGCAGACACGAACCACAAACGAACUGAUUUGUCCAUUUGCAAUGGUGAGCGAUAAAAUUCCUCCAUUCUCGCUCGAUAAACCGCGACAUGAUACUACCACGUACGUCGGUCGAUGGCGCAAAUUCGCAGAACUCGUAUCGCCAAAGUGGCUUUUUCUGAGCUCAGAACAGAUUCGACACGCAACUCAGACAUUGGACGAUUUUCGUAGCGGAAAGCUCGAUCGCGGUCAACACAGUGAUGCAGAAUUGUGGAAAUUUCGACAGGGUAUUACUUGCUAA